GGCAAAUGGAGUCCUAAAGUGGCAGACGUGCAGACGUGCUUGAGGAAAAAAGGGAAAACAUGUUUUGGAAUAUUUGGCCACUUGAUCAACACAUUCAACGGGCAAAUCAUUUCAUGAUUUGAUUUAGAUUUGAGGAGUUUGUCGUUUGAAUGGUAUUGUUGCAGGAAUCUUCAUCUCUAAGGAAUAUGCCAGUGGUAAUCAUGUCAUCUGAGAAUAUCACUUCAAGGAUCACCAGAUGUUUAGAAGAAGGCGCUGAAAUUUUUUUCCUGAAGCCAGUGAGGCUAUCAGAUUUGAGUAAACUAAGGCCCCAUAUGUUGAAAACCAAGCUCAAGGAUCACAAUCAGAAACAAGAAGAAAAGACUGCUUUUCAAUCACCAAAACAACAAAAAGUCCAGCAGCAGGAGCAGCAGCAGCAGCAACAGUCCAACAAUAACAAGAGAAAGGCCAUAGAUGAAGGGCUUUCACAUCUGAGAAGAACUACAUGAAGUGGCAUCAACAUUAUGUUUGGGCUUUCACAUCUGAGAAGAAUAACCAC